AUGGCUGAGGAAUUCUACAACACGUUUUUCAACGCGUUCACGUCCGAAUCGACCGAGAUUGCAAAUGUUACCCCGAAAACCAUUACGAAAGCCAUCAACGAGAAUAUCAAGCAUGAUAACUUCUAUGGAACGCAUUCAAAGCCACCAACUCUUGAUAGCAUUGAAGACUAUAUCUGUUGGUUCUGUCUGGAGUUUGGAUACGAAAGGCCAAAGAAUGACAAAAACGAAGAACUACCAUUCAAGAAUUUUACAAAAGAUGACAAAGCAGAAUUUGCUGCCGAACAAAGAAUGAUUGCAUUAAUCCAGUCAGCAAUCAGAAAUGAUAUAUUCGCAUUGCUCACUCAUGAUGGAUCGUCAAAGUCGGUUUGGGAAGCUUUACGAGUUAAAGCUGAGGGGGGAAAACAGAUUCGGAAAAAUAAAAUUGCUUUACUAAAAAAGGAAUUUGAUCUGUUCAUAAAAGGAGAGACAGUGAGACAAAUGAUCGAGAGAUUCUGUCACCUCAAAAUCGACCUUGAACGUUUUAAAAUUGACAAAACAAGAGAGGAACUUAUUGAUAAAGUCAUUGAAGCGUUACAACGAGCAGAUCAGUGGCAAACGUUUGUUUUUAUCUUAAAAAAAUGA